AUGCAUUCCGACGAAAUACAAGCAUUGCUGAAGGUCAAAGCAACCCCGAGGGUGCACGAAGAUGAACAGGAGACUAGGUUCAACGGCAAGCCGCAGAGCAAGCGGUGCUCCACAUGGCUACUUGUCUGCGAUUGUAUCUUGCUUGGGUACUUCUGCUUCUAUUGGAAUGGUCUCCCAUCACUGAGGCUCGGUGCUACCUUCAACUCUUCGAUCGAAGGAAGUGACCCUCUACGAUUCAACUAUACGUGCGUGCCAUCGCAAGCAUGUUGGCCAACGACGAACCAAUGGGCUGACUUCAACCGGACGAUCAACGGACAUCUCAAGCUUACAGUUCCUUGGGCAGCGCCAUGCUACGCUGGCUCUGAUGGAUGCCAACAAGUCACGACCAACUACAUGAAUAGUUCUGCGAGAACUUCUCAGUAUGGCGCAAUGGAAUUCCUCGACUGGGAAUCAUGCGGCCUAUCCAGCUGUAUGCUCAACUCAUUUUCACCAUCCGCUCCUGUAGACGGCACCUGCUCACUUGGACGUCUUUCGACGUACCACGUAGAAGCGCAUACGGCGAAUGACGUCCAGAAGACACUGAACUUUGUUCGAGCCCAUGACAUCCGCCUGUCCAUCAAGAACUCGGGCCACGACUAUUUCGGCCGAAGCAAUGCAGCCAACUCCCUUGCAAUAUGGACUCGGAACAUGAAGAAUGCCCGAUAUCACAAGACGUUCCAGGCGACAGGCUGUCAGUCCACUCUUGAGAAUGUUGGGGAGAUAGGAGCGGGGAUCUCAGCGCAAGAGGCAUGGGAGUUUUUCGAACCUCUCGGAAUGCUUGUCACUGUCGGCGCUACCGGCUCUGUCGGCGUUGCCGGUGGUUAUGGUCAAGGAGGAGGACAUGGGCCGCUCGGCCCAAUGUAUGGAUUGAUGGUCGACAACGCGAUUGAGUUCGAUGUCAUCACCGCAGACGGUCGAGCACGCACAAUCAACGCUUGUAGUCCUGCCGAAGAUGCCGAACUCUUCUGGGCAAUGCGAGGAGGUGGAGGUGGCACGUUCGCAGUCAUGAUAUCCUACAAGUUCCAGCUUCAUCCGGCGGUACCGCUCAAUGUGUACAGCUUCCAGGCUAGCUUCCCGGUUCCAGAGGGACAGCUCGACAUUACUGAGUCGGUCGUGCACCGCGACGUAAUCAGAGCAUUAGCUUCGAAUCAAGCGCUAUUUGCGUCUCACGGGAUGGCAGGCUACAACUUUGUGCUGCCGGAUCAUAUGGUCUCUCUGCAAAUCCUUCCCUCCACGAACACUGAGCUCAUCAAGAACAUAACGUCAUCCUACAACAAGUUCCUUAGCCGGUAUCCUGGUCUCAACAUCACCGAGAACGCGUACUACACAUUUCACAAGUUCUCUGAGUGGUAUGCGUUUGCGCAGACUCCCUCAAUCGCCCGUAAUGGGCCUGUGGGCGUAGGUAUAUCUGAGUCAGGUCGAUUCCUGCCCAAGAGGCUCUUCUCUAGACCACAAGCGGUCGAGAAACUCGUAGAUGCCGUUGUAACUGCCAUGCAAAUUUCCUUCACCAACGGAGGCGGCGGAGCUGCGCAGCUUUACGCUACCGGGCCGUUCAGUCAGCCCGUCAACAGUGGGACAGGCGUGAAUCCUGCCUUUCGCGAUGCGUUGUGGGAGGUUAUUAUGGGAGGGAUUUGGACGAGUAACACACCAGAAUCAGUACGUCGCCAAAUUCGCAACACCAUCUCCACGUCUAUUGGGCCGUUCAAGGCUCUAACUCCGGGUGGUGGCUGCUACAUGAAUGAGGGUGAUUGGACAGAAGAAAAUUGGCAGCAGACAUUCUUCGGCAGCAACUACGAUAGGCUACUGGAAGUGAAGAGGUUAUUUGACCCGAGCGGUCUAUUCAACUGCUGGAAGUGUAUUGGUUGGUCUGGUUACGAUGAGUGA